AUGGCUACCUUUGCAAAGGCCGACUUCUCUUACACCUCAUACGCCAAGUUGCGCCCGAGCUACCCACCAUCUCUCUACCAUCUUAUUUUCUCCUACCACCAAGGGCCGACGGUCCUUUGCACCGAUCUCGGAUGUGGGCCGGGCAUCGUAGCACGCGCCAUCGCCCCCAAGUUUGAAAAUGUCAUCGGCGUCGACCCGUCAGCGGGCAUGAUCGAGCAGGCGCGCGAUGGAACAGACUCGUACCUAUACCCGAACGUGUCGUUCCAGAGCGGGCCGGCCGAGGAACUGCCCUUCUUCGGCGACAACAGCGUCGACGCCGUCGUAUCCGGCCAGGCGGCGCACUGGUUCGAGUACCCGCGCGUGUGGUCGUCGCUGGCGCGCGUCUUGCGCAAGGGCGGCACCGUUGCCUUCUGGACGUACGGCAACCCCUUCUUCGUCAACUCCCCCAGGGCGACGCAGAUCAUCACCGAGUGGUCGACCAACACGACUGAUCCGGACAAGCUGGGCCCGUACUGGACGCAGCCCGGCCGCAGCAUCGUCGAGCAGCUUUACCGCCCCAUCCAGCCGACCGAGGAGUUUUUCGAGGACAUCAGGCGCUACGAGUAUGUUCCGGACACAAAUGGACCCGCCAGCGGGAAGGGAGAGGAGGCCAUUCGGCUGUAUCGCAAGGCGACGGUGGCGCAGUGGAGGGAAUACUUCAGGACGUGGAGCGCGUGGCACGGCUGGCACGAGGCGCACCCAGAGGUGAAACCGCGCAAAGAAGGCGGCACAGGCGACGUGAUGGACCGGAUGUUUGACGAGAUCAGCGCGGCGGAGGGCUGGGAGAGUGACGACCUGGAGGUGGAAUUGGAGUGGGGAACUGGACUCGUGCUGGCGCGGAGGAAGUGA